UCGUUCCUCGUGGGGUGUUUGUAUAAAGGACUUGGAAUCUACAAGAAAGAAGACAAAUCACGCAUAAGAUAAACUUUUCAUUUAGACUAAUUUAGAGCUAUUGUAGGUUAUUGAUUUACACAAAUAAAUCUCCGGACUGAUUAUGCAUUGUGUUAAAACGUUAAGAGCGUCCAGCGCUGGAAUUUUGCUCAUAAGAAAUGCUGGAAAAUGGGAGAGAGUUGCGGGAUGUUGCGGCAGAACACAGACACAUGUGCGGCUGCUGCGCACGAGCGCGUCACAUGGUCAGCAUCCUCGCCAUCAGCACCUGGCAACAGAUGCGGACUCAGCGAUGUACAGAACUAAGAGGGUGGUUGCUGGGUUGGAAGACCUGUUGUUCUACACCAUCACCCAGGGAGAAGAGAAAAUCUCUGUGGCACGUUUUCUAGCUGCCCUCAGAAGCACAGGGCUGCUCACCUCGGACCCCCGUUUGAGAGACUGCAUGCGACAGAUUCACCAAGCAGUCCAAGAUUCUGUUGGAAACGCAAUGAUGGACCAGGAACUGUUCAGAAAAUGUGUUGGGAGCAAUAUUGUCCUGCUGACUCAAGCCUUCCAAAGGAAGUUCAUCAUUCCAGAUUUCGAUGCCUUUUCAUCCCUCAUCAACCACCUGUAUCACAACGCACAAGCUCGGGAAGGAGGAAAAGUAGCCAACUACAUCCCUCAGCUGGCAAAGUUCAGCCCUGAUCUCUGGGGAGUUUCUCUGUGUACAGUAGAUGGUCAGAGACAUUCUAUUGGUGACACAAAUAUGCCGUUCUGUCUCCAGUCCUGUGUGAAACCUCUGGAGUACGCACUGGCUGUGCAUGAGUCCGGCACUGAACAAGUGCACAAAUACGUGGGAAAAGAACCUAGCGGCCUCAAAUUCAACAAACUCUUUUUAGAUGAAGAGGACAAACCCCAUAAUCCCAUGGUGAAUGCUGGGGCCAUUGUAAUAAGUUCUCUGAUAAACCCUGGGUCCAACAAGGCAGAGAAGUUUGACUUUAUGAUGGAUUAUCUGAAUAGAAUGUCUGGCAGAGAAUAUGUUGGAUUCAGUAAUGCCACUUUCCAGUCAGAGAAAGAAACCGGUUAUAGGAACUAUGCAAUUGGCUAUUAUCUCAAAGAGAAAAAAUGUUUUCCCAGAGGAGUUGACAUGAUGGCAGCCCUCGAUUUCUACUUUCAGCUAUGUUCUAUCGAGGUUACUUGUGAAUCCGGCAGCGUCAUGGCAGCUACGUUGGCUAAUGGAGGGAUUUGUCCAAUCACAGGCGAGCAUGUGCUCAGUGCAGAGGCAGUACGAAACACACUCAGUCUCAUGCACUCCUGCGGCAUGUAUGACUUCUCCGGCCAGUUUGCCUUUCGCGUGGGCUUGCCUGCCAAAUCUGGGGUGUCUGGUGCCGUACUACUUGUGGUUCCUAAUAUCAUGGGCGUGAUGUGCUGGUCUCCUCCCAUUGACCGCGUCGGCAACAGUAUCCGAGGAAUUCACUUCUGUCAAGAGUUAGUUUCCCUCUUUAACUUCCACAACUAUGAUAAUCUGAGACACUUUACCAAGAAGCUAGACCCUCGCAGACAGACAGGCCACGAUAGGAACAAAUCAGUGGUGGAUCUGAUGUUUGCUGCUUACAGUGGAGAUGUUUCAGCUCUCAGAAGAAUCGCUCUUUCUGCGGUCAAUUUGGAACUGACUGACUAUGACUCCCGCACUGCCCUACAUGUGGCUUCAGCAGAAGGACACUUGGAUGCUGUCAGGUUUUUAACAGACACCUGCAAAGUCAACCCAAAUGCAAAGGACAGAUGGGGGAACACACCCCUCGAUGAUGCUAUGCAGUUCGGGCACAAUGCCGUGGUCAAGGCAAUGCAGGAGUACCAGAGCAUUUAUACGCACACAUUAAUACCUGAAGAGCUCAGUUCAGACAAGUGCCCUGAUUCCACAAUGGACGCCGAAGAACUGAAAAGCAUGGAAACUCUGGAAGGUUUAAUGUGAUUGAGCAUUGCCGUGGGCGAAUCCUACACCAUUGCUCUUGACUUCAGAAUGCAAUGAAGCAUGUUGUUGCGAGAUGUCAAUAAGGGGCCCUGGACAUUUAUGACAGCCUGUAGAGGAACAUACUGGCCAGACAUGCAUCCAAUAAUGUAGUGCUAGGCUUCAAACCAAAGCUGUACCUUAUUAUACUAUGGAAUACGAACCUACAAGUGGUUAGAAAUUUCUGGUACAGUUCACAAAACAGUUUGGUUUAUUGGACCAACUUAGAAAUGUUUAUGCUUUUACUUUUCAUACAGAAUUAUAUUUAACAAUAUUUUACAUCUUAACUGUCGCUUACACUCCAACACUGGUAAAGUCUUAGAAAUCUUACAGACUUGCUGAAUUAAGACAAACAUAUAAACACAUAGAAUAAAAAUUUAGCUGGUUAUGAAAUAACCCAAUUAGAAAAUGGUUCAUUUUCAUGUCACUUGGGCUAUUAAUAUUAUAGAGCAAAACCUUUUUGAGCAUAUAUUUGUAUAUAUGUACAAUUUUGUAAGAUGUUUAGAUAUGUUUGUAAAAUAUUAUGUAAUUUAAAAUGUUAUUUGUAUGUAGGGCACAAAAGCUUUAACUUAGCAUGCUGAUGAUUUGGCAAGAAAUAAAAAGAAUUUAGGACUUGUUAGUAUUGGCACUUUAUCUCUUAUUAUAAAACCGUUCUUAUGUUCAACGGAUAGUUCACCCAAAAAUUUUUAUAGUUUCUUUAUUUAAUCAUUCUCUUCAUAACCUGUAAACGACUUUCUUCUGUGGAACACAAAAAGAAGGUAUUUUGAGAAAUGUCUCGAUGGUUUUGUGUUCAUUCAGUGGAAGUCAAUGUUUUGCAACAACGUUUUUCUAAAUAUCUUCUUUUGUCCUUGGCAGAAGAAAGUCAUACAGGUUUGGAA